AUGGCUGCAGAUGUAUCGCCAUCGGAGGUCGAGAUGUAUCAGGGUGCUGCCAAAAUUGAAGGCAUCCUAAACUAUGCAACGCAUCUCCCAAAUGCAGUUUCGAUGCGCUCAAUCUCCUUCCUAAAACCUGUCUCAUCCACCCUCCUCCUCUUUCUCGUUGCGUUACCGGGCACAUCUGAUAGUGUGUGGCGUAUUGUGGCUCGUUCGAAGUCAACUAUCAUUGGGCGUUUGCAAGUUGAGUUCCACAACCAGCAUUUCAUGUUCAAGCUUAUGCCGAUUCUCGUAUUCCACACCCUUGGCGACCAGAGUGUAUCCAUGUGA